UCAGAAAGAAAGAAAGAAAGAGAGAGAAAGAGAGAGAGAGAGAGGUGGGCCCCACAUACAAGACGAACACGAAUAUCAACACGAUCGCUCGUACCCAAGACUCAAACCCCGAAAAACGAGGGGCUUGGAUUUCCACCGAAGACUCAAACCCACCCAACCCCGACUCUCUCUCACCAAAGAUCUUCGAACGAAAAGAAAAAAAAAGAAAAAAGAAAAAAAAACCCACGAAUCCUCUUCCGAGAUUUCAAAGCAUCUUAAAAAAAAAAAAAAAACAAAAAGAAAAAAAUAAACACGCCGCGGAAAAAAAUUUACAACGCUACAUUACAUCACGUAACGUUUUGAGAUGGAAUUGAACGACUGUUCGUAUCCCUUUCUCAAUCUCUCCUUUUUCUCUUUCCUCUUCUCGAUUUCCUUUUAUGACUCCUCUCCCUACUAUUAUUAUUAUUAUUAUUAUUUUUAUUUUUAUUCUCUCAUUCCUUCUCAAAAUCAAAUCUCACCGCACAUCUCUCCAAUCUAUUUUCCUUUUCCUCCCAUCCCAAAUAUAAUAAAAACCAAACCCUAAUCCCUCUUUCUAUUCUCUCUUCUAUUGUUCUUUCUAUUUCCCCCUUUUCUCUUCUCCUUCCUUCCUUUCCAAUCUCUCUUGUUCUAGGGUUUUUUCUUCUUCUAUGGAGAUCGCAGAUGGAGAGAAGAAGCGUCCACCAGAUGGAGAUAACAAAUCCACGAAGCGGAAGAUGAAGACCGCUUCUCAGCUCGAACUCCUCGAGAAGACCUAUGCCGUUGAGACGUACCCGUCGGAAUCGUUGCGUGCGGAGCUCUCGAAGAAGCUUGGGCUAACGGAUCGGCAACUCCAGAUGUGGUUCUGCCACAGGCGGUUGAAGGAUCGGAAGGUCGCACCGGUGAAGCGGCCGAGGAAGGAGGCGGCUGCGACGGCGGUUGGUGGAGAUGAGGUGAUGGCGCCGGUGGCGGAGUCGGCUGUUGAGCUUGGGCCGGGGCCGGCAUCGAGUCCUUUCAGGCAGGUGGAUGGGAGAAAGGUUGUUGCGCGGGCGGCCACGGCCGUGGCGAGGAUUGGGAACGAUUUGCCAGUGAUGAAGAGGUAUUAUGAGCCACCGCAGUCGAUUUCGGAGCUCAGGGCGAUUGCUUUCGUGGAGUCGCAGCUUGGGGAGCCGUUGAGGGAAGAUGGACCGAUUCUCGGUGUGGAGUUUGAUCCAUUGCCACCUGAUGCAUUUGGGGCACCACUAGCAAUUACAGGGCAGCAAAAGCAAUCUUCACGGCCUUACGAUGGCAAAGUAUUUGAGAGACAAGAUCCCACAUCAAUCAAAGCAUCAUCACUCCUGCCUGCUAUGGAACAUUGUUUUGUGCCGAGUUCAUCUGGUGGGAUAAAGAAGCCUACUACUGUAGGAAGUGUUCAUGCGGUUCAUUCUCAAACUGGUCCAAGGGCUCUCCAUGAAUAUCAGUUUCUUCCUGAGCAGCCAAGUAUCCGUUCUGAUUCAUAUGAAAGAGUUGCUCCAUCUCAUUUCUAUGACUCUUCAGUUGAUACUCCAAGUGGCCGGCCUUCGUCAUUUCGGCAUGGAAAUGAACAGGUGGCAAAAAGUUAUGGUUUCCAAGGUCAGAUGUCAAGUGUUAAUCUUUUGCCUCAACAAGGCAGGCAAGGCCACGUAUUUUCUUCAGCUCCAACUGAGUAUGACAGUGUUCCACACAAGAACUCCCUUCCGAGUGUUGGAACUGAUGCUCAUUUUGGUGGUCACCCAGUUGUUGGACUAGAAAAUACUUUUGUAUCAUCUGACAGGAGGGUUUUCCAUAAUGAGGAUGCUUCACGAAUGGAGAGAAAACGAAAGAGUGAAGAUGUAAGAAUAGCAAAGGAAGUUGACACCCAUGAAAACCUGAUCAGGAAAGAGCCUGAGUAUGAUGAUCUUCCACACAAGAACUCCCUUAUGACCGUUGAACCUGAUGCACAGUUUGGUGCUCACCCAAUUGUUGGACUCGAAAAUACAUUUGUAUCAUCUGACAGGAGGAUUUUCCAUGAGGAAGAUGCUUCCCGGAUGGAGAGAAAACGAAAGCUAAUGCAGAAUGAAGAUGCAAGAAUAGCGAAGGAAGUUGAAGCCCAUGAAAAACGGAUAAGGAAGGAGCUUGAAAGACAAGAUAUCUUGAGGCGAAAGAGGGAGGAGCAAGUUCGGAGAGAAAUGGAGAAACAUGAUCGUGAAAGACGGAAGGAAGAGGAGAGGCUAAUGCGUGAAAAGCAGCGAGAGGAAGAGCGAUUCCAGCGGGAGCAAAGGCGUGAAAUUGAGCGAAGGGAGAGAUUUCUGCAGAAAGAAAGUCUGAGGAUUGAGAAAUUGAGGCAGAAAGAAGAAAUGCGAAGGGAGAAGGAGGCUGCGAGACUGAAAGCUGCUAAUGAGAGGGCCACUGCUCGCAGAAUUGCCAGAGAAUCGAUGGAGCUUAUUGAGGAUGAGCGCUUAGAGCUUAUGGAGUUGGCUGCGUCAAGCAAAGGACUUCCUUCAAUAAUUUCCCUUGACAGUGACACUCUGCAGCACUUGGACUUGUUCAGAGAUAAAUUGGUUAGAUUUCCUCCCAAGUCAGUAAGGUUAAAAAAGCCAUUUGCAUUUCAGCCAUGGACGAGUUCUGAGGAAGACAUUGGCAACCUUCUUAUGGUUUGGAGGUUUCUAGUUACUUUUGCCGACGUUCUCAAUCUUUGGCCAUUUACUCUUGAUGAGUUUGUACAGGCCUUUCAUGACUAUGAUCCAAGGUUGUUGGGUGAGAUACAUGUUGCUCUUCUGAAGUCCAUAAUAAAAGAUAUUGAAGAUGUUGCAAGGACACCCUCUAUUGGAUUAGGAGCCAACCAAAAUAGCGCGGCUAAUCCUGGAGGUGGACACCCACAAAUUGUUGAAGGGGCAUAUGCAUGGGGUUUUGAUAUUCGCAGCUGGCAGCGCCACUUGAAUCCAUUGACAUGGCCUGAAAUAUUGCGACAGUUUGCAUUAUCUGCAGGAUUUGGUCCCCAACUGAAGAAAAGGAGUGUCCCACGGGCUUAUUUUCGUGAUGACAAUGAGGGUCAUGACGGUGAAGAUAUUGUUUCUACUUUACGUAAUGGUGCUGCUGCUGAAAAUGCUGUUGCUGUGAUGCAAGAAAAGGGGUUUUCUCAUCGACGUAGAUCCAGACAUCGCUUGACACCUGGAACAGUAAAAUUUGCUGCAUUUCAUGUUCUUUCUCUCGAGGGAAGCAAAGGAUUAACAAUAUUAGAAGUUGCAGACAAGAUUCAGAAAUCCGGCCUUCGGGACCUGACAACAAGCAAGACACCAGAGGCAUCUAUUGCAGCUGCAUUGUCAAGGGAUGGACUCCUUUUUGAAAGAACAGCUCCUUCAACGUAUUGUGUACGUCCUGCUUUCAGAAAGGACCCUGCGGAUGCUGAUGCAAUACUAUCAGCAGCCAGGGAGAAAAUACAGAUAUUUGAAAGUGGAUUUUCAGAUUCAGAGGAAGCUGAAAAGGAUACAGAAGAUGCUGAGGAUAUUGAAAGAGAUGAAGAUUCUGAAUGUGAUGGCGCUGAUGAUCCUGAAGUUGAUGACAUAGGUACCCUAGCAACUCCAAACAAGGUGCUCCAUGCAAGUGGAAUAAAAGGUGCUCAAGCAGAUAGCUCUCAAAAUGAAAAGGGGGAAACAGUCUGUGAUGAGGUUGGAGGAACUCCUCAAAAUGGUCUACGUAAUGUGGGAAAAGGUUUCUCUCCAUUUCCUUCCGAAGGUUCCAAAGAUGCUAGCGGUUCAGGUGCUAUCAAUGGCCAGUCCCUUGAUGUUGCUUCAAACCGCCAUGAGGCAAGCAAUGAUGAUCAAGAUGACACAGAGAUAGAUGAAAGCAAUGCUGGGGAACCAUGGGUUCAGGGACUGAUGGAAGGAGAAUAUUCAAAUCUUAGUGUUGAGGAGCGCCUUAAUUCCCUUGUUGCCUUAAUUAGUGUGGCGAUCGAAGGAAAUUCAAUCCGUGUGGUGCUUGAGGAACGUUUGGAAGCAGCAAAUGCUCUUAAAAAGCAGAUGUGGGCUGAGGCACAACUGGAUAAAAGGCGCAUGAAAGAAGAGUAUGUAAUAAAGCAGUAUUCCUCUUUUAUGGGAGGCAAGACUGAAACAAACGUGACUGGUGCUGCCGCUGAGGGCAAUCACAGCCCAUUGCUUGGGGUAGAUAGCAAGGGUAAUGGGGCAUCCCUGAACCCUGCAGCCAAGCAAGAAACCUCUCUUGAUCCACACAAUGCUCAGAAUUAUUUUAAUAAUAUGUCCACUGAUAGGAACUUGUUAGGGCAAGAGUUCUCUACAGGUCAAGAUAAUUUGCAAUUUCAACACGGGUAUGCAGCAGAAAAGUCACGUUCACAGUUAAAAUCCUAUAUUGGUCAUAAGGCAGAGGAGAUGUACGUAUACAGGUCUCUGCCACUAGGUCAAGAUCGAAGGCGUAACCGAUACUGGCAGUUUGCUACAUCCUCUUCCAGGAAUGAUCCCGGUUCUGGCAGAAUCUUUCUUGAGUCUCAAAAUGGCUGCUGGAGGCUUAUUGAUUCAGAGGAGGCAUUUGAUGCUCUCUUGGCUUCUUUGGAUACACGUGGGAUCCGGGAAUCCCAUUUGCAGUCAAUGUUGCAAAAAAUUGAGGCAUCCUUCAAAGACACUGCAAAAAGGAACCUAGGUCAGUCCAACACUGUGGACCCAACUGGACCUCCUGUCAAAGCAGAAACUAUCGAAUUUGCUUCCAGUCCUGAUUGUGCUGUGGGAACUGAUAACUCUGGCAGUAUGGUGUGUGACCUUAGUUCUGAUACAGUGGAGAAUUCCACAUCUUUCCAAAUUGAGCUUGGAAGGAAUGAAACUGAGAAAAGUGACGCCUUGGAGAGAUAUCAAGAUUUUGAGAAAUGGCUGUGGCAAGAAUGCUUUAACCCAUCAAUGUUAUGUGCCUUAAAAUAUGGUAAAAAACGAUGCUCAGAGCUGUUGGUUACUUGCGACUUUUGCCACAAUUCAUACUCCUCCAAAGACAAGCACUGCCCUUCUUGCCAUAAGACCUUUGACACCUUUCACAGUUUUGAUGUAACUUUUGGUGAACAUGUGGCUCAAUGUGAAGAAAAGAGAAGGGUUGACCCUACCUGGAAUAUCCAUUGCUCAGAUUCUUCCCUUCCCACUAGGGGAAAAAUGCUCAAGGCACAGCUGGCUUUUAUCGAGGCUUCUAUUCCCCCGGAAGCUCUUCAAUCUUUUUGGACCGAAGUCUAUCGGAAGUCUUGGGGUGUAAAACUGCAUUCUGCAUCAUCAGUGGAGGACCUUUUUCAGCUCCUGACUCUGUUGGAAGGUGCUAUAAAACGGGACUACUUGUCUUCAAGUUUUGAGACAACCAAGGAACUUCUGGGUUCCUCUAAACCAGUAUAUGCUGUUGAUGAUGAUGCUACCCUUCCUGCAUCAGUUCCUGUGCUACCAUGGAUACCUCAGACCACAGCUGCUGUGGCAUUAAGGCUUAUGGAAUUUGAUGCAUCCAUUUCUUACAUGCUUCAACAGAAGGUAGAGUCUCAUAAAGACAAGGAGGCCGGAGAAUUCAUUAAACAGCCAUCAAAGUAUGCAGUUGUUAAGAAUAUCCAAGAUCUGGAACCAUCAGCUACCCCAGACCAAGUUGAGUAUCCACAAGAAGACUUCUGGGCUGACCCUGGGAGCGGACGCAGCCUAACCCGUGGACGUGGCAGCCGUGGUAGGGGUCGUGGCCGUAGCCGUGGUGGAAGGUGGCAAAGAGGGAGUGGCAGCUCACGAGCAGAAUGCAGCAAGGAAAAUGCUGGCUACGGUGACAGGUUGGCACAAGGGCAGGUGCAGAGAGCACGUACACGAGGACGGGGACGUAGACGGGGCCGUCGCACGAUCAGGAAGAAACAGAAACCAGAGAAUAAAGUGGUAAAAAAGGAUAGUGGUUUCCACAACAUCAGCAAUGCCAAACAGAAUACAGGUGGGGAGUCGCCGAGAAGUUCCGGAGGGGAGGAGUGGGACAGAGAUGGAACUGGAAGGAUGUAUGCAGAUGAGGCCGAAGAUAACAGUGCAGGGAUGUCUGAGUCCGAUGACAAUGUUCAAGCAUCUGGGGAUGAGUAUGAUGAUCGGGGGGCAGUCUAUGUCAAUACCUAUAGUGGCAAGUCAAAGGAGUUGAUGGACGACAGUGAAGAGGAUGAUGAUGAAGGGGCCGAUGAGGGAGAUGGGGAUCGGGAUGGAGAUGAAGAGGGGGAUGAGGAUGGGGAAGGUGGUGGGAAUGGGGAUGGUUAUGGUGGCAUGGAUGAUGGAGAUGGGUCUGGGGAUGGUGAUGGAAAUGGGGAUGAAGAUGAAGGCACAGCAUCCAUGUCUUCAGAAGAGUAUAGUGAUUAAGAAAUUUGUGACCUUGUUGAAUAUAUACAGAGAGACAAUGUCCACCAGAAGCAAUGGAAAGCAUCAUAGCUUGCAUUCUUUUAUUUAAUUCGGCAGCUCGGUCUGAUGGUUUCACAUGUGGUGUUUGGAGGAAUGAUAAUGAGGCAGAUGUAGGAGUCACUGAUUUGUUUUGGGUCAAGCAGAUAGGGAGAACAUCUCUAAUGUUACACAGCUCCCCCAUUUGUCAACAGUACAAACUGUCAGAUGCUUUGCAACUCAACAAUGGAUUGAAUUUCAUCUCAAAUAGUUCCAGCCGUGAGAGACAGUCUGCAGUAAAGGACCCUAUAUGUGUGGUGAGCCCCAUUGCCUUGCUGAAUUGUUCAGAAGUUCUCCAAGUGAACGAGCGCCAGACACUUUUCUGCUGCUCGAGUUGCUGCUCCAAAUGAGUUUUCAUGUGCUAAAUCGUUGGGUUAAUGGUCCAUGUCUUCUUUUCAUGUAAAAGAAAAAAGUAGUUGAAAAUGAUGGGAAAAUGUAGAUAAAUAGAACUUUCUUCCAUUUCUACCCAUAGCAUGGGUUUUAUUUUUAAAAAUAGAAAAAUGGAUUAAGCAAGAA